CGUGUCAGCGGAAGAAGAUGCUUUUGUUUUUCCCAAGGAAAAAAGUCGGGGAACAAUGUUUGGAAAUGUGAUUUUUCAGUCAUAUCGCACAUUUAUCCCAAUAGCAAAAUCGCCAGUCGCAUUCAGGACAUGACCUCUCUGGAAUAUCUGAGCCCCGUUUUGGAAUCUUGAAGCUUGUUUGACGCUCCGUUGGGAAUCCUUGAAGCUGCAGAGAUUGAAGGCGGAAGAAGGGAAUUUCGCAGGGACGAACUGACUGAUGGCUCCGGAUUGAUUCAUGAACUCUUUGCAAUGUUUCUCAGCUCAAUUGGGAUUCGUUUUAAAUCAUAUAUAUGUUCUAAAACACAGAUUAGUCUCUUUGUGUUAUUAAUGUCAUAAUUUGAGCCGAACGUUAGCGAUUUAAAGCUCAAAAUGGCGGAGGGCAGGCCCAUCCAGGCCCUGCUCCUGCUAAUAGUGAGUGUCGUGGGCCUGGACUCUUGCCCUUCUCCGUGUUCGUGUUCUGGUGGUCCAGGAGCAGCACAAUUGCUGGAUUGUAAUAGGAAAAGACUGACUGCAGCAGCUCUGGAAGCUCCAGCCUGGGUCACCCAUGUCUCUAUAAAUCAGAAUGAACUUACAGCGGUGCCUUUUCUUGGAGACGCCUCAUCCAACAUCACUGUACUGUCACUCAUUCAUAACCGAAUCUCUGAAGUGGUCGCAGAGCAGCUGUUGCCAUAUUCAUCUCUGGAAAGUCUAGACUUGAGCUCUAAUUCUAUAUCUGAGCUUAAAGCUGGAUCAUUCCCUCCCAUGCAGCUAAAAUACCUCAACCUGAGCAAGAACAAGAUAAGUUCCCUGGAACCUGGCUGUUUCGGAAACCUCAGCUCACUUCUGGUGUUGAAGAUAAACCAGAACAGACUCUCUCUGCUGCCCGAUAAAGUCUUCACCCUCUCUCAGCUCCAAGUCUUAGAGUUGAGGCGCAACAGGAUCCGUGUGGUGGAAAGUCUCAUUUUUAAAGAACUGAAGGCUCUUAAAUCACUGAAAAUGCAGCGCAACGGCAUCACAAAGUUGAUGGAUGGAGCUCUCUUCGGUUUGGAAAACAUGGAGGAGCUAGAAUUGGAGUACAAUAAUCUGACGGAGCUGAAUAAAGGCUGGCUGUAUGGACUUCACAUGCUCCGGAUUUUGCGUGUCAAUCAGAACAACAUCGGACUCAUCCGAGCUGAUGCCUGGGAGUUUUGCCAUCGCUUGGAGGAACUGGAUUUGUCCUUCAAUCACUUGAGUCGUCUGGAGGAUUGGGUGUUCGCUGGUCUUAGUCUCCUGCAGAGUCUCAAUUUAGGGGACAAUCAAAUCUCACACCUGGGAGAAGGAGUGUUCAGCAGCCUGGCUAAUGUCCGCACACUGAACAUUCGCAAUAAUGAGAUAUCCCUUGCCAUCGAGGACUUCAUUGGCAUGUUUGUGGGUUUGAAGAGGCUGAAUUCACUUGUUUUACAGAAUAAUAAAAUCAGGACCAUCACUAAGAGAGCUUUCGAGGGUCUGAUGGAGCUAGAGCAUUUGGAUCUGAGUAAGAAUGGCAUCAUAUCUAUUCACCCGGACGCUUUCACUCAUUUAAAGCUUAAAACACUCGAUCUGAACAGCAGCAGUCUCCUGUGUGACUGUCAGCUUCAGUGGUUGGGCCAGUGGUUGAUUGACAGCCGCUUCCAGCAAUCCUGCACCGCUGUCUGUGCUCAUCCCGCCUCCCUGGCCGGAUCUAGUGUGCUUGCUGUUAAACCAGAGGAGUUUGUCUGCAGUGAUUUUCCUAAACCCCAGAUUACGGCUCAUCCCAAGACUGCUGUUGCUUUACGAGGGACAAAUGUCACUCUGAACUGCUCUGCCUUCAGCAGCAGCGACUCUCCCAUGAGCACGGCCUGGCGCAAAGAUGGAGAGGUGCUGUAUGAAGCUCAGGUGCAGAACUACGCUCGCUACCAGGACCAGCGCCUCCUCUACACCACCGUACUCCAUCUGCUCAACGUCAAUUUCACAGACGAGGGCCAGUACCAGUGUGUGCUCUCCAACCAUUUCGGCUCAAACUACUCCACUAUGGCCAAGCUCACUGUUAAUGAGCUCCCGACCUUCCUGAAGACGCCCAUGGACCUGACCAUCCGCACCGGGACUGUCGCGAGGUUAGAGUGUGCUGCAGAGGGACACCCGACACCCCAGAUCGCUUGGCAAAAAGACGGCGGUAUCAAUUUCCCUGCUGCUCGCGAAAGAAGGAUGCACGUCAUGCCAGACGAUGACACUUUCUUCAUCGCUAAUGUGAAGGCAGAAGAUAUGGGCGUCUACAGCUGUACAGCCAAAAACGAGGCAGGCAGCCUGUCAGCCAAUGCCACUCUUACUGUGCUAGAAACUCCAUCCUUCCAGCGCCCUCUAGAGGACCGUAAUGUUGCCCGAGGAGAGACUGCUGUCCUCCAGUGUAUAGCCCGUGGUAGCCCUGCCCCUCGCCUUAAUUGGACCAAAGACGAUGCCCCGUUGGUUCUAACAGAGCGUCACUUCUUCGCCGCAGCCAAUCAGCUCCUUAUAAUUGUUGAUGCGGGACCUGCUGACGCCGGGAAAUACACAUGCAUCAUGUCUAACACGCUCGGCACUGAACGUGGCCAUAUCUACCUCAGCGUCUCACCCUCGGCCAACUGUGACCCAGCGAGCAGCGUUUACGGGCAGGAUGGAUGGACAACUGUUGGCAUUGUUGUGAUGGUGGUCGUUUGCUGUGUUGUCGGCACCUCACUUGUAUGGGUCAUAGUCAUUUACCAUAUGAGGAGGAAGAGCGAGGACUACAGCAUUACAAACACAGAUGAGAUGAACCUACCAGCAGACAUUCCCAGUUACCUGUCGUCUCAGGGCACACUGUCAGAGCCUCAGGAGGGCUACAGUAACUCAGAGAAUGGAAGCCACCAGCAGCUCAUGCCCUCUCAUGCUAACGGUUACAUCCAUAAAGGCACCGAUGGAGUAUGUUAUGGUGAAGUAAGCAGCGAUGUUGAUCCAGAUGCCAAUGGAAUGCUGGGUAGUCGUGUAGGCUCUUUCUUUGCUGGACGUAACAGCUUCCAUCGGAGUGAACCAAGAGAAGGACAGUCAAAUAUCCCUAAUGGAGGAGCGGGCGCUCUUGUAAUCUGCUCUGACUGCUACGAUAAUGCUAAUAUCUACUCGCGCACACGUGAGUACUGCCCGUAUGCCUAUCUGACAGAGGAUGACCCACUUGUGGCUCAGAUUUCUCGGGAUGGACGUCAAGAGCGAGAUCAACACACUGAGAAUUCGGACGCGGUGUUGGAGAGCUUCAUAAAUCAGCAGAACGCAUCAGUGUUUCUCAGCAACCAUGAACCACGACUACCAGCAUCACAAAACUACAACACUGAUGUCCCAGGCAGGUCAUUUUGGGAUGCUGAGGAAAUGCACCUCACCCAGAGCUCAGUGACUGUACACAACCCCCCGGUGUGUCCAUCCAAUGGGGACGACCAUGAGGAGAGGAGGGGGGCACUGGAGGAACCUUCAUACAGGACUAACCCACAGGAAAGCACCUCUGCGCUCACAUAAACCCAAUCCUGUGCUCUCCAAUCCCCAAACAUCAUCACCGCCCUGUCCUUCAGUGUCCCACCAGUGCCCUCACUCCACUACCUCCUUCGAGAAGCCUCAUUAUCUGCCAAAUGAAACGCCUCUCUCUUCAGUGUUUACACCUGUUAAUCCUUCAUGUUUCUUUGGAGCUCAUUGGGAUGUGUGUAAAAAAACUUGUUCAAAACAGGAGAUGCAUUUCCCGCUUUCACCAUUCCUUCCCGGUGUGGUUUCGAGCCCUGAAUGUAAUGUUUUCCAAGAGCUCCACUAGUCCUACCUUUAUCCCAUGACGUAUGAAUUAUUCUGUGUUUGGUUUGUAUGCUCAAGAACGUUGAGCCUCUUUGCAUAUGCCAAAAAAGCUUGACCCAGACAUCUUUUUGCUCUGGAUCUUUCUGAAUGCUGACAGUGGACAUCGGACUGCCAAAAUUGAGCAGCGACUGACUUCAGAGGGUCGAUUACCCGUAUUGCAUUUCUCAUUGCUGUUGGCAAGCGGUACUGACUGCUGACCGAUAAUGUGUUAACAGAGUUGACGGCUCUGUUGUUUCCACUUGUUAUUGUACGCCGGAGUUACUGUUAUUUGUCAUUAAUAAUGCAUUUUGUUUUGCUCUUCACAAAAACGCAAACCUAUUCCUCAGUUGCUCUCUGUUUUUUGUGAGGCACUAUAAUCGACCGUAAGAAAGAUUGAAUAUAUUGCACCUUUGACAAUCCGCCCAGGACAGCCUUACGAAAAUUGUGAUAUACUCGCUCGCUUUUUAAUUUUUUCUCAUCCUUUGUUUUGCAUAUUAUGCUUUUGUGUAUUUUUUUUUAUUUUAAGAUAUAAUUUUAAGGGUUAAGAUUGUACUGUUUGGUACCCUAGUGGUGUAGAAAUCACACACUUCACCUUUACAGUAUGUCUUUGUGCUGUUAAUAUAUGUAUUACUACAUAUAUGUUUGAGCUGAAGUCUCAUCCGUCCGGUACAUGCUAUUAUGUUAGUAGAGCUCCUGAAAAAAAUUUAUAUUGUGUCUUCAUUUACGUAACCUCCGCUUGUUCCCAAACCUAUUUAAGUUUCUUUCUUCUGUUGAACAACAAAAAAAAGAAGAUAUUUUGAAGAUUGCUUGAACCGGCCAUUAUUUUCAUUGUUUUUUUUAUUCUAUGGAUGUCAAAGGCUGCCAGUUUCCAACAUUCUACAAAAUAUCUUCUUUUGUUUUCAACAGAAUUAAAAACUCUAGGGAUAAAAAUGUAUUAACUCCCUUUUAAGGUUAAAAACAAUUGACAAUUAAGCAUAGGCCGACCUAAUCAGUUUUAAUGUUGUGGAUGGACAGUUGGAUUUUAGUUCUCUUGCCUGUAAACAUGGUCUUAAUAGAGGUGAGCUGUGUCCAAAAACAAAAAAAAAAACUUCUUUCUUCCCACUCAUUUAACUCGCACCAAGGAAAGCCAUUUCACGCUGACUUUCACAGCACUGUAAAAUAACCUCUAAUGAUCUUGAACUAAUUUAAAUGAGCUUCAGGGAUAAGCAAGGGAAUAUUUAAUCACCAUAAUUAUAAUUUCUUCAAAUUUGGAGGGUAGAAGUACUAUGAAUGGAUUUACUGCUUUUUAGACACUCAGUUGGAAUAAAUAUAUUCCUCCAAUUGUAUUUGUUCUGUAAGCCCAAUCGCAUGCAUGAUUGUUAAAUAUUUUAAUAACAAAAGUAUCCUGAUGAAAGACAGGAACACUUUUUUUGGUAAAUGUGCUAAUGGUCUAAUCCGAUUCAAUGAUCUAUGCUAAGCUAAAAGUGUGCCUGCCAGACCCGGAGAUUAGCUGAAUGGAUUAAAAAUGGAUAGAAAAAUGGAUUAAAAAAAUGUUAAACUGAACUGUUUACUGUAGGAGAGUUGUAAAAUGAGCCUAUUCCCAGAAAAAAAGUGGAAUGUUCCUUUAACACAGUUUUCACUUUCCGGGCACAGCUACAACCUUUCUUUAAAGUCCAUUUUAUGAACUGAAAUUGUGUGUCAGGUGAAAUGUUUCCCAUCAGAAGCUUUUAAACUUUAAAUACAAAAGUCUAGUCAGGUUUUCCAAUGCUCAGCUAAAUUUUACAGACACACCAAUUUUUCCAAUAUGAAGAUUAGUUGGAAAUUUCAUUUGAGUGUGAAGUUUCGCCAGUGAUUUUGUUAACACGAUCGCCCCUUUAGAGAAAACCUACUCUCACAUUCUUGACCAUCUGGAUUGACUGCUUGAUGACCCAAACCAUGUUUUUAGAUUACAAUAUUUGAUUCACAUUUGCCUUAGAAACACUGCAAUUUUUUUUGGAAAUAGAUGCUAAUGAUCUAUCCCGAUUCAAUGAUCUAUGUUAAGCUAAGCUAAAAGUGUCCCUUCCAGACCCAGAGAUUGGCUGAAUGGAUUAAAAAAUGGUUAAAAUGAGCUGUUUAACUCUUGGGGUGUUGUAGAAUGAGCCUCUUUGCAAAAAAACUCAUGGAACUUUUAACACAUUUUUGCCUCCAGAAGAACGUAAUUGUUUUUGGACACAGCUACAACCUUGCUUAUAAUGUCCAUAUCAGGAACUGAAUAGUCAUGCCAGGUGAAAUAUUUCCAUCAGAAGCUUAUGAACUUUGAAUACAAGUCAAGUUUCCCAAUGCUUAGCAAAAUUUUACAGACAAAAUGUAGUUGGAAAUUUCAUUUGAGUGUGAAGUUUCACCAAUGAUAACAUGCUCGCCCCUUUAGAGGAGAAACCAUGACCCAAACCAUGUUUAUGGACUCCCAACUGAAAAAGUUCCCUAAUUUUCAGUUCACUCACAUUUGCACUUUUUUUUAACCAACAAAAAAAGCUGGAUCUUACUCUGCAGCAGAUAUCUGUGGUCACUGUCUUCCUCGUCGUCUUUUAAUGGAAAUGAUUCAUUUCAGACACUCUCCAACUGUGAUAACGACCCCUUGAUUUGCAUAUUCAUUUGUUGCAUUUUGCACAAUCUCUUGCCUUGCUGUUAGCUAUACAAUUACACUAAUCAAGAGACCUUGAUGCCAGAUGAUGCGGCUGACUCCUCGCUGCGUCAAUUUCCCUUGUUGAAAGGAAAGGAGUCUGUGUGUGUGUGUGCGUGUGUGUGUGUGCGUGUGUGUGUGUGUGUGUGUGUGUGUGUCAUCAGCGGCUUCAUUUAAAACAUCCACGUUUUUUUUGAAUUGCUGUUAGUGUUUGCUUGGCCUUUCUUGGUUGGGCUUGUGGGAGGCGAACAUAAAGCUGCAUCAUUUAAAAGUGAUGCAAGUGAAUAGCAGAUUUAUUUUACUCUGAAUUACGUAGGACUCUGUUGGGAUCUUUUUAUUUAGUUGUGUUCAAAUUUAAACCAAAGAAAAAAACAUUCCUGCCUUCUGCAAACCAAAGCUUCGCUUCAAUGCUUUGACAAUAUUUAAAUGCUGCUUUUAUAUAUAUUUUUUUGUGUAUUGUUUUUUUUUUGUAUGCUGUACCUGUACAUUCUGUAAAGCAUGUAUAAAGAACAUUGUUUCAGAAAGUUCUGACAUUUAGCUGACAUUUAAACAUUAAAAUGAAUUCAGAUGCGUUACUGGUGAAGAUGUUCCUGUG